CCUUGGUCAUCUGGGGUACCUAUUCAUGCCCAGCUUCCCCGACCUCGAAUACGGCCAUGUAAUCCACGGAAGCAAAGCAGGCUCUCCGUUCCGAUGCAAACCGGUACGUAAUGGAACUGAGGGAUGUCAUGCCAAAUCAGCAUGUUAUGCCCGUGGCUGAUUUAGUGUCUUUCAUGCCUGAAUCGCACGCCAGCACGUUUCAUUGUCUGCCCUAACAAGAAGGAGAACAAGCCAGACGGGUGUCAGGCACCGGUACCCGUAGCACAAAGGCUUCCAAGAUCUCGCAUGAGGCGGUUCAACAACAAAGCCAUGCAAGCCACAGGAGAGGAUAUCGUGCUGAUGCCUCCACCUCUCGGAGAAAGGUGCCGAGUAGCAAUGUGAAAGGAUGAUGGGGAAAACCUUAAUUUUAAAAGUGAAAAACAAGGCUAAAAGCAGAUGUCGCUUUAGGCCAGGGUUAGGGUUUAAAACCCCCUGCAUAAACGAUGGCAGGUUGCCUGCCGGAGCUCAGACGCUCAAACUUGGGGGUGCAAGCCGCAUUUCUCAAGUAUCAUGACCAGGAACCAGCCAAAAAUACAAACAAAUCAAUACCCACCGCAGUCAUGAUGCACCCAUCACGUAGGGCGUAUGUUGAGGAGGCUGACACUGAGGACCGAGGAAGUGGAGGUAUUGACAUAGAUGCCAUUCCAAUCGACCGCGACUAUGACAUCCCCGGAGCCGGCGCAGGCAUUGCGCCCGAGAGAGCAUCAGCCAUCAUCUCACAAUUCGAGCGCAAGCGAUUCGCCGCCACUAUCGCGGUCCCAACCGACGAUGGACGUGUCCGCGCCAAACUUCGAGAGUUAGGCGAGCCUAUCACGCUGUUCGGCGAAGGACCGGUCGAUCGACGCGACAGGUUACGAGAGCUUCUUACCGAGCAGGCGCAGCAGGCGACAGGCCAGGAGAGCGCAGAUGUGGAGAUGCAGGAUGCUGGCAACGACGAGGAAGCGGAAGAGCAAGAGGAAGAGUUUUACUCUCGGGGAACACAGGAGCUUCUCGAUGCCCGAAUAGAAAUCGCCAAGUUUACGAUCCCCCGAGCGAAACGGCGCGUCGAGUUUCAGAAGAAGGAGGCUACGAUUCCUCUCCGUACCCAUGUCAAGUUCAGGAAGGAGAUCAAGGAGCGGCUUCAGACGUUUGAAUUGCAAGCCAGUCAGACUGCGGGAGAUCGUCAUGUGAGCAUGACGAGGUUUUCACCAGAUGGACAGAUGAUUGCGACUGGAAAUUGGGGCGGUCAAGUCAAGCUUAUCGAUAUACCGACUUUGGAGCAUCGCAAGACGCUGCGAGGACAUACCAACAAGAUCAGCGGUUUGGCCUGGAGGCCUGGUGCUACCCUUCCCGAGGCCAACAUCUCGGAGGACACGGUCAACCUUGCUUCGGGUGGUGCAGAGGGCCAGGUUCAUCUUUGGUCGCUAAAUCAAGAUACACCGCUGUCGACGCUCUCUGGGCACUCGCAAAGAGUAUGCCGUGUCGAGUUUCACCCUUCUGGAAAAUACCUCGCAUCUGCGUCUGAGGACACGUCGUGGAGACUAUGGGAUGUCGAAACAACAACCGAACUGCUUCUUCAAGAGGGACACUCGCGGGGAGUGUAUGCCGUAAGCUUCAACACCGACGGGUCCUUGCUGGCCAGUGCAGGUCUGGACAGUAUUGGAAGAAUCUGGGAUUUGCGGUCGGGACGGACAGUUAUGAUUCUCGACGGGCAUCUGGAUGGCCACAUCAAGCCGAUCUACGGGCUGGACUGGAGUCCGGACGGGCACCGGGUCCUCACGGCCUCGGCAGAUGGAUGGAUCAAAUGCUGGGACGUGAGAAAAGUGCAGAGGACAGGCGGAAUUGGCGCGCACACAAGCGCGGUAUCAGAUGUCAGAUGGUUCAAGGGGAUGGAUGAGCCCGUUGACGGGAAGCCACCAGGCGAGGACGACAAGGGAAACCAGUUGCCAAAGAAGUCUGGGACGUUUUUGGUGUCGUCUGGGUUUGACCACAAGGUCAACAUUUUCUCGGCUGAUGACUGGGCUCUUGCUCAGUCGCUGAGCGGCCAUACUGGCCCAGUAGCGAGUGUCGAUGUAAGCCGGGACGGCAAGUGGAUCGUCAGCGGUGGACAUGAUCGGACUGUCAAGUUAUGGGGUCGUAAUGAUGCAACCGGUCUGUAUGGUGACUUUUAG